AUUUGCCUCAGAUAACGGUUUCUAUAUAACUCUCAAGCGCAAAAAAAAUUUCCCACGGAUAGUUGUCCGCGUGCAUAAAUUGUAGCAGUUUUUUCAGCGUCACCCGAGUGACACAAAAAUGCUGCUUUUCUCAGUGGUUCUAUUAUUCGGUGUAAAUGCUGUAUUCGUAUCUGGUUCAGGCAGCAUAAACGAUGCUGAUGAAUACCUAGAUGAAGUACUUUCUGUCUAUGUUCCGUGGGCAGUUGAAAAACAAAAUCUAAAGCUUUAUGAGCUGCAGGACUUUUCUCACAAUGCACAGGAAAGAUCAUCUGAUGGAUCCGUUACAAACUUCAAAAUUCUCUACUUUUAUGGUAAUUUGACAGGUAUUCAGUCAAUCUACAGAAAGAGUUGCGAAAGGCCACAGUGGACUGCAAGCAAUAUCACUGUUACAUGCUCAGUAACUCUACCGCUCCUUGAUGUGAAAUACGAAGGCAGGCAACAGAAGGUGAUUUCGACGUACAACAAAGCUAGGUUUAUACAACACAAUUUCGGACUGACAGCCUCCAUUGCAGAUACACAAGCUACUAUAGAAAUAACGUCGUCCCCCCAUUUAAAUCUUCCUUCAAUUAAGAGGCUGCAAAUGAAAAAUGUAGGUAAACCAACAAUAAAAAUCAUUACCGACGGUUUUACCGAAAAUUUAGAUUCCGAAAUGAUUAGUGAGCAUUUCUUCCACAAGUACACUGAGAUGAUUCAAGAAAUUUUCCUUCGACCUUACAGAAAAGCUUUGGACAUGGCUGUAGCUAGUGUUCCUUAUCCUGGAUUGUAACUAAGUGUGGAUUUCUUAUGAAUUUUAUUUAAUAAAAUGAAAUAAAACUUGCUUUAUUGAUGAAAAAA